AUGCCUGGUAUUGACUGUAGUGACCAGAUGAUUAGUUAUUAUUCAUCUCCGAGAAAAAGUAUUAGAUGGUAUAAAAAAGUAAUGUUCGAUCUACUAGACAUUUCUCUUUGGAAUGCAUUUUACACAAAAAGAACAUUAGACACACAGUUAUCGUUCCUUCAGUUUCGCGAAGAAAUUGUCAAAGAAUAUGUAGGAAUUGAUAAAGAUGAGCAAGAUGGAAGUAACUUGGCGAAGACGGGACUAUUACAUAGUGGUAAAAGGCCACGACUGGAUCAACAAAUAGCAAACAGGAACACUGAUUCUGGCAUGCACUUUAUCGAUAAAAUACCAAACUCAAAAGAUCCAAAUAACUCCUACCAUUUGAUAUGCAAACAUUGUACAUCAAGAUAUAUACUAAAGGAGACCAAGUACCUUUCUCUUUGUGUCGAACCUUGCUUUGAAGAUUACCAUAGACAAUACAAUUUUUGUUUUUAAUCAA